AUGACGACAUCUUCUCCAGUUGUAGAUCAACAGUAUCCUGGGCUGAAGCAACCAGGACCGCAUCCAGCAGAGCAAGGACCACAACCAAGGGUACAACCAGGACAGCCUGGUGCGCUUCCACCAGAGCAACAACCCCCACAGCAUCCACCACAUCCAGCACAGCCUGGAACGCAGGGACUGCAACCGCUACAUGGACCACAGCCUCCACAAGCUCCACAUGGACCACAUCCUCCGCAAGUCCCGCAGCUUCCACACGGCCCACAAGUCCCACAGUUGCCGCAUCCACAUCCAGGCGCGCAAUUACAGUUAUUAGCACAGUAA